AUGUUGGUUCUCCCCUUCAUCUUGCUCUCACUCUUCUGGACCGCAAUUCAUGCAAUAGUCCGUUUAUUGAACUCUAAAAAGGGCUCUCUGCUACCUACUGAGCAGCGCAGCGUACGACCUAGUAGGAAGCUUGGAAGUAGCAUCCAUGUUUCUGCGCGGUAUUUUCACCUGAAGAUCGAGUCGUCCACCUGGAACCGUUACCAUGAUGGCCUCACCGGAAAACUUGUAUCCAGACGGUAUCGAUGGACAAGCAAAACUCUGAGGCAUUUUUAUGACGCUGGGGUCGCAUUUGGUGUCCUUGGAAUGUUAUGUGCUAUAGGGUUGUUGCUUUGGACCUGUGCAAAUCUUUUGACGGAAACAUUUCGUCAUAACUUUGUCAUAGAAGUUCAACAAGUCGCUAAAAGGGAUAUUCAAGAGACUUCUCAUAUGGACAUGGGGAGAUCCAGGGGUUUCGUCCAAGCUAUAAUUCCCGGUGUGACUGUUCCUUUCAGUCAUAUCACACCUAUAUUCCUUGCGGUACUUUUGUCCCAAGUGGUUCAUGAAUUUGGACACGCGGUUUCCGGUGCAUUAGAAUCUGUCCCUAUUAAUUCUGUCGGUGCAGCACUGACGCUAGUAAUUCCAUCCGCAUUCGUGACUUUCCCUAGUUUGUGCCUGGAGACACUGAAGCCGUCGUCCAGAGCUAGGAUCAUAGCUGCUGGCCCGUGGCACAACGGGAUUUUCUGGAUCAUUCUGGUUUUCUUGGGAUGGAUGCGGCUGAGCUACUAUGCGCUGACGUUGUUCUCGUAUGAAGACAUAUCAGGACUCGGCCGAGUGGUUUUGGAUGUGGAACAUGGCACAGCCUUGGAUGAAUACCUUCCCAAAGGGUCCAUCAUUACCCAGCUAGAUGAUAAACCCGUCAACGGAACUAACGAUGCGUGGAGCACCUACCUUACUGCAUCUCAGCCCUCCACUUCAAAGGGGUGGUGUGUAGAGAAGGAUAUAUUUUUUGGUGAGACUUCCCGUCAGAGCCCCGCGUCAUGUUGUUUAGAGGGAGUUGCAGUAUCGCUGCUUUCAUGCUUUACCACUGGCAGUGAUACGGGCUGUCUAGAUGCUGUCCCGCUUUUGACGAAACCAAAAGAAAGUAUUCGAUGUGAUUCCAUCUCCGGUUGUGAAGGAAAUUCGAUCUGUGUCCGACCAGAUGAAUCCGCUCAGCUGCUGCGUAUCUCUGUCCAAGUAACUGGUGAAGACGAUGAUGAAAUCAUUCUAUGGCGCGGGCCCAAAAAGGAAGUCUUGCAGCAAGUGCAACUUGGAACGCUAAGGCCUCGGCUCAGUUUAUUCCCACUGUGGCUCCCCUCGAUACUAUUCGUGCUCGAAGGGUAUCUCAAUAUGGCGACACUUUCGCUAUAUCUCUUCAAUUUACUUCCAUUGCCUUACCUUGAUGGAAGCCGAUUUUUGGAGACCCUCCUGACUAUGGUGUCGCACGCCCAAGUCCGGGAGAUCUAUGAUCUUGAGAUGGGCAUCAAUACUGGCAGUCGUCAUGUUAGUGCCGGAUGGACGGUAAGAGUAGAGAGAACCCUUCGGGCGGGGACGACUGUUGUCUUCAUUAUGUGUGCGAUGAUGGCCAGCUGGAACAGUUUCUGA